AUGCUUGACAUGAAGUCUCGUCCCUUCCCUACCAACAAGUCCAUCGUCAGCCCUCUCGCCGCAAGCUUCGAGGCUGUCAUCAAAUGCAACAUCCCGUUCGGCAAGAAGAAGAGCCCUCGCGACGCCUCCGCCCGAUUCAAGAAGCCUGUCAAGGGUGCCAGGACCAACAACGUCAGAGCCAAAGUCUUUCCGAGGAGGAAGAAGGGAGAGCUCGAGCGCAGCAACAGUACCUCGCUCUCCCUGACGCUCAAGGACGUGAAGGGUCUCUUUCAUCUCCGGCAGAGUGAUGCAGCUCGCACGCUGGGCAUAUCGUUGACGGCGAUGAAAAAUGCAUGCAGGAGGCUGGGGAUCUGGAGGUGGCCAUACUCACGCCAGCGGCCAAGGGGCUCAGCUACCACGGAAGGAAGCGGAUGCGAAGAGGGGGCAGGCUCGCCAGAAGCAUGCUGCAUGUCUUCGGCAGAAGAGGAGACCGCUGUCUGGAUGAACUUGGAGGAAGGGGAGGAGGAGCUCGAGUGCCAAGACGAGUAUCCUGUGCAUGGCGCGUGGGAGGGAGAUCAGGAUACGUGCAGCCUGUCGGAGCUGCUGGGCGAUCAAGUGGAGGAGGGUGUGGGCAAUGGCGGAAUGGAGUUUCUGAGCAUGGAGGAGAGCAGGCUGGGAGAUGAGUGGGGGAUACAGCAGGAUAGGAUGGGGAGUGAGCAGAAGCGUGAGGCAGCUUUGGACAACAGCAGAAGGCAGGAGAGGAAGGGGAGCACUCAACUGCCCGGCUGCUGCAUAUCGGACUAUCUUCACUGGCCGGAGGUGCAGACGCUAGAGCAAUGGCGGACAUGCAUCACAGACGGGAGAGAGGAGGACUCAUCUAUGCAGAAAUAUAUGACAAUGAUGCUCCUUUGA